UGUGACGUCACGCCCUUACCUGAGUUUCGGUGAGCAGGAAGAGGAGUGAGGGCAGCACCGGGUCGACGGACAAACAUCAGCUCUUCUAGCUCCACCAGACCCCUCCGAAGUUGGUUAGGUUCAGUCGGCUCGGUCUGAGGCACCGGGCGUGCUUACGGUUGAUCGGCGGCGGAGAAACGCACGCUUUCAUUCUUAGAGGCUCGCGCGCGCAGCCCGACGAGGAAAAGACGACUUCCGGCUUCACUUCAAGAUGGCUGUGACCCCGCGCCGUGUGCGCCUGAAGCCCUGGCUGGUCGCUCAGGUGGACAGCGGUCGGUACCCGGAUCUGGUCUGGCUGGACCGUGAGGCCAUGCGCUUCAAGAUCCCAUGGAAACACGCCACGCGACACACACCCCAGCACGAGGACGAGGACACCAUAUUUAAAGCGUGGGCCGUGGAGACCGGGAAGUUCCAGGAGGGAGUAGAUGAACCCGAUCCCGCCAAGUGGAAAGCUCAGCUUCGCUGUGCCCUGAACAAGAGCAGAGAGUUCAAGCUGGUCUAUGACGGCACCAAAGAAGUCCCCAUGAAUCCUCUGAAGAUCUAUGAUGUCUGUGACAUCCCUCAGCCUCACAGUAACCAAGCUCCUUCAGACGCUGGUUCUCAUACUCCAUAUGACGAGGACAUUGGUGAGGAGGAUAUUCCAGACACACCGGAUUCUCUUCCUCCGUAUCCAUCAAAUGGCACCAGUCCCUCUCCUCUCAUAAUGUGGUCUCCAAUGGGCUCAGACUCUUCCAUGCAGCCUCCCAGCUGUCCUCCUUCCAACGAGGUGUGGCCCAAAGAAGAACCUAAGAUCUGGCCUAAAGAGGAGCCCGCCGACGUGGAGAUGCACCCCACUCCUCUGGACCUCCCUCCUGCUCCUCUGGCUGAUCCUACGCUGCAGCCGCCUCCUCUGCCUGACUACUCCUUUGCCUCUCCUGAGAUGUGGAUCAGUUCCCUCCCGAUGACAGACCUAGAGGUGCAGUUCCUGUACAGGGGAAAGGAGAUGGGUCCCACCCUGACUGUCAGCAACCCACAGGGCUGCAGACUCUUCUACGGGGACCUCGGCCCCAUGGCCAACCAGGAAGAGCUGUUCGGCCCGAUCAACCUGGAGCAGUUACGCUUCCCGACCACGGAGCACAUCACCAACGACAAGCAGAGGGUCUUCACCAACCGCCUGCUGGAUGUCAUGGAUCGGGGCCUGAUCCUAGAGGUCAGCGGUCACGAUAUCUAUGCGGUCCGCCUGUGCCAGUGCAAGGUGUACUGGUCCGGUCCGUGUGCUCCAAACCCAGCAGCACCAAACCUUAUCGAGAGGCAGAGGAAGGUCAAACUCUUCUGUCUGGAGUCCUUUCUAAGCGGUGUGAUCGCUCACCAGCGCAGCCAGUCAUCAACCCCCCCACAGUAUGAAAUCAGUUUGUGUUUUGGAGAAGAGUGGCCCGAUGGAAGGCCCAAGGAGAGGAAACUCAUCAUGGUCCAGGUAAUUCCUGUGGUGGCUCGAAUGAUCACCGAAAUGUUUUCUGGAGACAACACCCGAUCGUUUGACAGCGGCAGCGUUCGCCUACAGAUUUCCAUCCCAGAUAUAAAAGACAAUAUAGUGACCCACCUAAAGCAGCUGUACCACCUACUGCAGAACCACCAGGGUCAGGAGGGCUGGGCUUUGCCCCCAGGGUCGGGUCUGAACAUUGCUCAGGCCCUGCAGGCUCAGUGAAGCAAACAAAACUGUGAACUCUAUGAAUAAAUAUCUAUAUUACACACAUCUGCUAGGACUUUCCACCUCUUAGCAACAAGUACUUACGCAUAAUCACAUUUAGAAGUGUGCUAGUAGGAUUUUUUGUUUAAUUCUGGUAAAACCGAAUCUUCUCUGUAUGUAAAGGUUGUGUCUUGAGUGCUGUGUGGGUCUGUGUGCCGAAAUGAGACGGAUGCGGCGUCUGCAUGGGUCAAAGUCCUGCUUGUUGCAGGGAACUAUUUAACAUAGUUAAUCAGUUACAGAUACCAACCCGUAUCUUUUUUUUUAUCCAAUCAAGUUAUCUCCUGCCUGUCCUAAAGGCCACCAGUCACCAAACCCCUUCAGUCUGAAUGCAUCGGUGGGACUCUGCUAAUAAAACGUGUAGAUGAGGAAAGCGGAGUCUGAGCUGAAGCCAUAUGCCAUCCUGGCAGCCUUUUAAAUAAAGCUACAUUUAUCUUUUUAUUUCUCUGCACUUUGGGUGCAUAGUUAUGUUGAAUGUAUUUUGCUGUGGUUGCAUGUUUGUUUUAUCAAUAAAAUAUGCUUUCAAAUGACAA